AUGCCCGCCGACUACGAGUCCGCAGCGCGGGCCCUCUCCCUCUCCCCGAACCCGUCCUCCCCCAUUAACGACCGCUCCGAUAUCCGUCCGCCAUGGUCCACCUCGCGAUCCUCCCGCCGCCUCUCCAGCGCCCGCUUCGGGAACCGUAAGACGACCGCCCUCGCCGGCGUCAACCGCGCCAUACAGUCUGCCGUCAAGACCGGCAACAGGUUAUGGGGCAUGUACCUCGGCCUCACGCCCGUCCAGCGCGUCAUCGUCGCCGUCGCCCUCCUCGUCGUCAACGUCCUCGGCCUGCUCUUCCUCAUCUACUCUCACGCCAUCUUCAAGUGGCUGGCACCGAUAUCCCAGAAGUGGAGGGCCCUGCCGGGAGGGUGGCUGAUCAUAUGGGCCUUCACGUUCCUGACGGCCUUCCCGCCCAUGAUUGGGUAUAGUACGGCCAUCUCGGUGUCCGGUUUCGUGUACGGAUUCCCGCUGGGCUACCCGAUCGUCGCGACGGCUACCGUGGCGGGGAGCUUGACUGCGUUUUACACGAGUAGAGGCAUCUUUAGCGGAUAUGUGCAUCGGCUCGUCGGGCAGGAUCAUAGAUUCAUCGCUCUGGGGCAGGUGUUGAGGAAAGAUGGUAUCAUGAUGUUGACGGCGGUGCGCUUCUGUCCGCUGCCGUACAGCUUAUCAAACGGCUUCCUGUCCACAAUCCCGUCCAUUAAGCCAUGGGCGUUCGCGGUUUCGACGGCGAUGGCAAGCCCCAAACUCCUCGUCCACGUCUUCAUCGGCAGCCGCCUCGCCCUCAUCGCCGAAAAGGGCGACGAGAUGACGGCCGGCGGCAAGGCCAUUAACUACAUCUCCAUGGUCCUCGGCGGCGUUGUCGGCCUGGCCGUCGGGUGGGUCAUUUACAACCGCACCAUGGCCCGCGCCGCCGAGCUGGCUCUCGAGGAGGCCGAGUCCCAGGGCGCGGUGGCCCCCGGUCGCGACCACGCGCCGGACUACUCCGAUAUCGAGGCCGGCCUCGUUGAUCCGGAAGACGUGGCUGCGCUGAUGGACGACGACGACAUAUCGCUGUGGGCACGGGAGGCUGUCGACGAUGAAGAGGAGACGCAAGUGGAGGGCUAUCACGAUGACGAUGAUGACGAUGUGAACGGUGCCAAGCGUGACGGGCCCAAGGAUAAGCAUGAUGAUGACGAGUACGACGGCGGCGCAAACGGGUACAAGGACUCGAAUUGA